AUGUCUCGUAAAGGCGUAGGCCUAGCGGCCUUCGACCGCUCACGUCUCACAUCAGCACAGUUCGCUUCUCACGGCUCGUCUCUCCGCGCCAACAAUGCCCAGGCUCUUGAAACCCAGCUCGCUGUCUUUCGCUCUCUUCUCCAGCAGUUUGCCAACACACACGCUCGCGAUAUCCGCUCUGAUCCUGCGUUCCGCGCCCAGUUCGCUCGCAUGUGCGCAGCUAUCGGCGUUGAUCCUCUAGCCAGCAGUAACAGUAACAGUAGUGCCGACGGGAGCUCUAUAUGGGCGCAGUUGCUGGGAAAGACGGUCAACGAUUUCUACUUUGAGCUUGCUGUGCGCAUCGUAGAGGUCUGCGGCGCUACGCGAGGAGAGAAUGGAGGGCUCAUCGGUUUGGCUGAUCUGAGAGAGCGCGUUGCUGCAGGACGGAUGGAUGGCGCUGACCCUAUCGCUGACGACGACGUUCGGCGCGCGGUUCAGACACUUGCUCCGCUGGGCGGCGCAUACGCUGUUGUGCGCGUUGGACGCAAGGAGUAUGUGCGUAGUGUACCCCGGGAGCUUAACGACGAUCAGGUCUCCGUUGUCGAGGCCGCGCAGGUGCUGGGUUACGUGAGUGUGGGUAUGUUGAGAGAUAACUUGGGUUGGGACAGGGCCCGCGCCAGGACGGUGAUAGACGAUCUUGUUGCGGGAGGUAUGCUAUGGGUUGACAAGCAAACGAAGGGCGAGUGGGAAUAUUGGAGCCCUGGGUUUAUGGCUGCUGGUUCGGAGGAGGGAGGCUGA